UUGUUGAAUGGCAAAUGGCGAUUCUCGAGUGAAAAUAUAAAUUGAUUUCUACUGUAUGAAUUUGAUUCGAACAGAGUAUUUCUAUUCAUUUGAUUGUUUAAUUAUCCUAAAAGUGUUUUAAAUUUGACAAUUACAAUAAUAUGGUGAAUUGAUUGCUUGUGGUAAUCUGGACCACUAAUCUCCUCAAAGAUGGCGGAGGUGGAUCCAGAAACAUUGCUGGAAUGGCUGCUGACCGGUCAGGGCGAUGAGCGGGAUAUGCAGCUCAUUGCCUUGGAGCAGUUGUGCAUGUUGUUGCUUAUGUCUGAUAAUGUGGACCGUUGUUUUGAGAGCUGUCCUCCAAGAACAUUUUUACCAGCACUCUGUAAAAUAUUCCUUGAUGAAUGUGCUCCAGACAAUGUCUUGGAAGUUACAGCAAGAGCCAUCACUUACUACCUAGAUGUCUCUGCUGAAUGCACACGACGCAUUGUCGCAAUUGACGGUGCUGUGAAGGCCAUUUGCAGCAGGCUGCUUACAGUAGAUCCUAAUAAUCGCACUAGCAAAGAUUUAGCUGAGCAGUGUAUUAAAGUGUUGGAGUUAGUGUGCACUCGUGAGGCGGGUGCAGUGUGGGAAGGUGGCGGUCUGCCGGCUGUGCUGCACUUUAUUACACACUAUGGCACUGCAGUGCACAAAGACACACUUCACUCUGCUAUGGCCGUCGUCUCUAGGGUGUGCGGCAAGAUGGAGCCGGGCGACGCGCGCGUGGGCGACGCGGUGUCGUCGCUGUCGGCGCUGCUGCGGCACGGCGACGCGCGCGUGGCCGACGCCGCGCUGCGCUGCUUCGCGUCGCUCGCCGACCGCUUCGCGCGCGCGCACGCCGACCCCGCGCCCCUCGCUGAACACGGGCUUAUUGAAGAAUUAGUGCGUCGUUUGGGAAGCACUGAAAGCGGCGAUGAUAAGUGCUUAGCACCCUCUGUUUCUACAACAGUCAGCUUGCUGUCUACCCUGUGUCGAGGCUCUGCACAAAUAACUCACGAUUUAGUACGUCUCGAACUAUGCUCCGCUAUAGAGUCUGCAGUUCAAGCAGACGAACGAUGGUGCCUCGAGUGCAUGCGACUCGUUGAUCUAUUGCUGGUUUUAUUAUGCGAAGGCCGGCACGCCAUUCAGAUUGGUUCGAACCGCGGUGGUGCAUCAGGCGCCGGCGCGAGCGCAGCGGGCGGUGCGAGCGGGGAAGGCUCGAGCGGCGCUACCGGCGCGAGCGCGGGCGCAGCCGGCGCCACGGGCCGCGGCGACAAGUCGCACCGGCAGCUCAUCGACUGCAUCCGCGGGAAAGACACGGACGCACUACUCGCUGCCGUUUCCAGCGGUGCCGUAGACGUCAACUUCACGGAUGACGUCGGGCAGACGCUGCUCAACUGGGCGGCCGCUUUUGGAACGCGCGAGAUGGUCGAGUUUCUGUGCGAAAAAGGUGCUGACGUGAAUCGUGGACAGCGCAGCUCGUCGUUACAUUAUGCCGCGUGCUUUGGUCGCCCGGCGAUCGCAAAAGUACUUCUCCGAUAUGGCGCUAAUGCCGACCUCCGCGACGAGGAUGGCAAAACACCACUCGACAAAGCUCGAGAAAGACACGAUCAAGGUCAUAGAGAAGUGGCAGCUAUUCUGCAGUGCCCAGGAGAGUGGUUGGUUGUCGGCAGUCAUGACUCGCCUUCACCUUCCAACGAGGAAGAUUUCCCUGAGACAGGAGACAAAGAAAUGGCAUCAGUUUAUUUAGAGCGGCUGGUGCCGGUGUUCUGCGCUCGCUACCUGGGCGCGGGCGGCGGCGGCGUGCGGCGCGCCUGCCUGUCGCUGGUGCGCAAGAUGGUGCACUACGCGCCCGCGCGCCUGCUGCACCGCAUCUCCGUGCGCCGCGAGCCACAUACCGCCGCGCUGAUCACGCAGCUCGUGGCCGCCGUGCUCGACAACCAAGACGACGACGACGGCCACCUUAUCGUGCUGGGCAUCGCGGAGGAGCUGAUGGUGAAGGCGGCGGACGUGUACCUGGAGCAGUUCGCGCGGCUCGGCGUCUUCAGCAAGGUGGAGGCGCUGGCGGCCGCCCCGGCUGCCACUCUCUCCUCGGACGGGGAGUCCCUUGUCGCCGCUGGGAGCAGCGAAGACGCGUCAUGCCUCUCCAGCGGCGUGGCAUACUCGUGGGGCGAGUGGUCGUUAUGCCGCGGGCGCGACGCGCUGUACGUGUGGAGCGACGCGGCCGCCCUGGAGCUCAGCACCGGCAGCAACGGCUGGUUCCGCUUCCUGCUCGACGGCAAGCUCGCCACUAUGUACUCCAGUGGCAGCCCCGAGCACCAGACUGACAACACCGAGAAUCGUGGAGAAUUUAUUGACAAGCUGCAAAGAGCAAGAGCAUCAGUGAAAAACGUUGUGCCGCAGCCUAUUCUUUCCAAGCCUGGUUCCACUAAAUUGAUACUUGGCAACUGGGCACUGUCCUGUAAAAAAGAAAAAGAACUACAAAUACACAAUACUGACGGUCAACAGCAAACUACAAUUUUAAGAGAGGAUCUUCCUGGAUUUAUAUUCGAAUCAAAUAGAGGGACGAAGCACUCAUUCACUGCUGAAACAUUUUUAGGUCCAGAACUAGCCAGUGGGUGGGCUAACCGUCGGCCAGUGACUGCCGAUCUCGCAAGCACGAGUCAGAAUCGAUCCCGCUUAUCCGCUAAAACAGAAGCGCUGAAAGCACAGGUGUGCGAGCGAGCCCGCGCUUUGUACGCGAGGCACCUGGCCAGCGCCGCCACGCGUCAGCCGCGCCCGCCCGUGGCGCGCCUGAGAGCAUUACUAGCGCGCAUGCAGCGCCUCGCCACGCAGCCUACAAAGGACUGGCAGCAAGAGUUGGCGGAAUCAUUGGAACAGCUGACCGAGCUGUUGUGUGGUGACGAGCUCCUAUCUGCGUACGAGCUGCAGUCUUCAGGGUUGGCGCCAUCUUUGCUUCAAGUGCUUUCGCCUCAGCCGAACGACGUACCAGGGCAGGCAAGCGAGCGCGAGCGCAUAGUCCGCGCGUGGGUCAGCGGGCAGGCGGGCGCGGGCGGCGUGCUGGCGGCGCGGCUGGUGGGCGUGCUGGAGAGCGUGGAGCGGCUGCCCGUGCUGGCGCCGCACGGCGACGCGCCGCCGCCCGCGCAGGGCACGCUGCACCACCUUACCAAGCGCAUCAGAUUGCGUGUUGAACGUGCAACUGACGACACCGCUGACGAAUCUGCGUCCAAUAAUGGCAAUAACGCUGGCCGUAAUUUGAAAGUCGAGGCGUUGACUACUGUGCGACAGCUAGAGCGAUUCCUAGCCAAGUACUUCGCGCGUCAGUGGUAUGACAUGGAGAGAUCUACCUUCACUUUUGUGCAGAAGAUAAAAGCGGAAGCUCCAAUUUCUUUCGUAUAUGAUCACGAUUUUGACGAAAACGGUGUCCUUUACUUCAUCGGCAGCAAUGGUGGCACUUGUGAAUGGGUCAAUCCUGGAGCUCACGGGCUCGUAAGCGUCUGGUCAUCUGAUGGUCGACAGUUGCCUUAUGGACGCGCAGAAGACGUUCUGUCUAGGUCUCCGGAACCUCUGAACGUGCAUACAAAUGACGAUAAGCGUGCUUUUAUAGCAUUGGACCUUGGAUUGAAUAUCAUACCUUCGGCUUACACUUUGCGACACGCACGGGGCUAUGGCCGCUCUGCGCUUAGAAAUUGGCUUUUCCAAAUGUCUAUGGACGGUGUCACGUGGAUAACUCUUCUUGCACACAACGACGAGCAAGCCCUUCAAGAACCUGGUAGCACCGCGACAUGGAGGCUUCGCGCUGAUGCACCCUACAGAUACUUGCGCAUUCAGCAAAAUGGCAAGAAUGCCAGUGGACAGAGUCAUUAUCUGUCGUUGUCUGGCUUUGAGAUAUACGGAAAGGUGGUGAGCGUAUGCGAGACUGCGCCGAAACAGUGCGGCGCGGGCGCAGGCACGGCGAGCGUUGGCGGCUGCGGCGGCGGGGCGCGGGCUCGGCGAUGGUCGCGCGGCGCGCGGGGGCUCUGCGCGGGCGCGCGCGUGCUCCGCGGCCCCGACUGGAAGUGGCGCGACCAGGACGGCCCGCACCCCGCUAUGGGCACCGUCACCUCUGACUUGCACAAUGGAUGGGUUGAUGUCAGGUGGGAUCAUGGAGGCCGUAACUCAUACCGCAUGGGUGCUGAAGGAAAGUUCGAUCUGAAAGUUGUCAGUGGCGGCACGAGUAGCGGAGAAGGCGCGCGUCACAGUCGCAAAAGCCAUUCUACUCCAAGUCUUCCUGAUGCCACAGCUGUUGAUCAACAGGUGUCUGUGGCGUCGACGGAACAAGCGUCAUCCGCGGACAACAUUUCGGGCGAAGAGAUGGCGAGCAACAUGACUCGGCCACGUAUGCACGCCACUGAUCUCUCUGCUAUCAAUAAUUCUACACACCAUAUCAACACUGAUCUAGCAACAAUAGUGGAGUCGCUAACCCUUGGAGCAGAAGGCAACAACUGUAUGUCGGAACUCGGCAAUACAUCGUUUACUAAUAUGGAGAUGGGGCCGACCAGCAUCACAGACAUCACCAAACCGUAUCCUGCUAAAGAACCAGUCCCUGAAACUAAUGCGCAAGAGGAGAACGAGGCGCGCAACAGCGAGGGCGACGCCGUGCGCAACAGCGCCAACGCGCUGCUGUCCAGCGAGCUGUUGGCGCUGCCCGCUUCGUUGCUGCACACGCUGCGCAACAACGCCAACCGCCUGCACAUACAGUGUGAGGACAACGAGAGCGGCGAGAGGCAAUAUGGCGACCACAAGAAAGAUAGUCAGUCUAGCGCUGGCUCCGGUACUAUGAGUGCUAGUGAACCUGAUUUAACUCAACAGGGUGCUACUCGACUGUUAGAAUCGCUGGGCGUGGGACGAGGCUCGGGUGUUGGCCGCGGCAGAGAUCCGCAGCGUGCUUCUAGGCCUAACCACUCCACCAGCUUGUUUCCUAGUUUGGUACGACUGGCUUUGUCAAGCAACUUCCCCGGCGGGCUCCUGUCUGCUGCACAAAGCUAUCCUUCAUUGGCACCGAACGCCCAGAACGCUCUCACACUUUCUCUUACUUCCACAUCCAGUGAGAGUGAACAGGUAUCUUUAGAAGAUUUCCUUGAAUCAUGUCGCGCUCCGGCUCUCCUUACUGAAUUGGAAGACGACGACGAAGGUGACGACGCUCUUGAUAGUGACAAGGAGAAUGAACCUACUUAUCAAGAAGUCGUAUCCCGUAACCUGCUAUCCCUGAUGGAAGAGGAAGCGUUAGAGGCGGUCCGCGGCGGCGGCGGCGGGCACGGCUUGCGGCCGCGCCGGCCCUGGGACGAUGACUUCGUGCUCAAGAGGCAGUUCUCGGCGCUCAUACCUGCGUUCGACCCGAGGCCCGGCCGCACUAAUCUUAACCAGACUGUUGAUCUCGAUAUCCCCCUGAACGAGGAUUCUGACGCCGAAGAGGUUUCCGAGCCUGCCGCUGCCGCUACCAACGGCAGUGGAAAUGCAACCGAGAGCGGAGCUACCGGUAGCGCAUCCCGUCUUCCCGCGUUGCGGUUGGUGCUAAGCGCUGGCGGCGCUUCCAUGCCGCUGGAGAGGCCUUCCUGGACGCUGUACCGCGCUGUGUUAGCGCUGAAUGCGCGGCUGCCGGCCCAUGACACGCAUCGCGACACAACUUACACUCUAACUUACAAGGAGAUGGAAGGCAUGGAGACAUUCGCGUCAUCAAGUGACAGCGAAGAUGAUGAACCUUGCGAUCCUGAGCGUGGCGUAGCGGGCGUGGAGGGUGCGGAAGGCGCGAUGGCGACGUGUUGCGUUCGCGUGCUGCGGCGCCUGCGAGCCGCGGCGCCUGCGCUGCCGCCCGAGCCCUUCGUGUCCACCAAGCUCACCAACAAGCUGCACCAGCAGCUUCAGGAACCGUUGACCCUGGCCGCCGCCGCUACGCCGCACUGGUGUCAGCAACUGAACGACUGGUGCCCAUUUCUGUUCCCGCUGGAGACGCGUCAGAUGUUCUUCGCGUGCACCGCUUUCGGCACCUCCCGCACCAUCGUGUGGCUCCAAGCGCAGCGUGAACGCGCACUUGACAGGCAAAGAGCGGGAAACACUGUGUCCCCGCGACGCGCUGAGCUGGAAGCUACGGAGUUCCGUAUGGGUCGUUUGCGGCACGAGCGCGUGCGCAUACCGCGCAACCCCGACUUACUGCGUUCGGCAAUGCAGGUGAUGAAAGUGCACGCGGGCCGCAAGUCGGUGCUGGAGGUUGAGUUCGCGGGCGAAGAGGGCACGGGCCUGGGUCCCACGCUGGAGUUCUACGCGCUCGUGGCGGCCGAGCUGCAGCGCGCCGAGCUCGGGCUGUGGCUGCACGACGCCUCGCCCGGCGACGACGCCGCGCCGCACCACCUGGCGCUGCCAGACGAAAAACCACCAGGUUAUUACGUGACGCGUGCCGGAGGUCUCUUCCCGGCACCGCUUCCUCAAGACUCUGCUAUCUGUGAUAAAGUUUGCAAAUAUUUCUGGUUCCUAGGAGUAUUUCUAGCAAAGGUCCUUCAAGAUGGACGGCUUGUAGAUUUGCCGCUGUCAGAACCUUUCCUACGAAUAAUGUGUGGAGAAGAAUUAACGACUGAACAUCUGGAAGAAGUUGAUCCGAUUAGAUACAGGUUCCUGCAAAACGUGUUGGCCGCCGCCGAGGAGUACGAGGUGAUAUCGCGCGACGCGUCGCUCAGCGACUCGGAGAAGGCGGAGCGCGCGGCCGCGCUCACGGUAGAGGGAGCCACGUUCGAGCAGCUGGCGCUCACGAUGACGCACGUGGCCGCGCACGCCGACCCCGCCGUCUCCGUGCAGCCGCUCUGCGACAGCGGCGAGCACAUCGAGGUAACUACAGGCCGCUCUCUCCCACUGGGCACUAUGGGCACGUGCCAAGAGUACGAGGUGAUAUCGCUCACGGUAGAGGGAGCCACGUUCGAGCAGCUGGCGCUCACCAUGACGCACGUGGCCGCGCACGCCGACCCCGCCGUCUCCGUGCAGCCGCUCUGCGACAGCGGCGAGCACAUCGAGGUAACUACAGGCCGCUCUCUCCCACUGGGCACUAUGGGCACGUGCCAAGAGUACGAGGUGAUAUCGCUCACGGUAGAGGGAGCCACGUUCGAGCAGCUGGCGCUCACCAUGACGCACGUGGCCGCGCACGCCGACCCCGCCGUCUCCGUGCAGCCGCUCUGCGACAGCGGCGAGCACAUCGAGGUAACUACGGGCUCCUCUCCCACUGGGCACUAUGGGCACGUGCCAAGAGUACGAGGCGAUAUCGCUCACGGUGGAGGGCGCCACGUUCGAGCAGCUGGCGCUCAGCAUGACGCACGUUGGAGCGCAUGCCGACCCCGCCGUCUCCGUGCAGCCGCUCUGCGACAGCGGCGAGCACGUCGAGGUGGGCGCGCACAACGCUCGCGCAUACGCCGAAGCGAGCGCGCGCUGGGUGGUGCGCGAGGGCGUGCGGCGGCAGACGGGCGCGUUCCGGCGCAUUCAAUUAAAAUAGUGGGCGCGCACAACGCUCGCGCAUACGCCGAAGCGAGCGCGCGCUGGGUGGUCCGCGAGGGCGUGCGGCGGCAGACGGGCGCGUUCCGGCGCGGCUUCGGCGCCGUGUUCCCGCCGCGCCGCCUGCGCGCCUUCUCGCCGCCCGAGCUGCGCCUGCUGGUCUGCGGCGAGCGCGGGCCCGUGUGGACGCGCGACCACCUGCUGCAGUACACCGAGCCCAAGCUGGGCUACACGCGCGACAGCCCGGGCUUCCUGCGCCUGGUGGACGUGCUGGUGGAGAUGUCGGUGCGCGAGCGCAAAGCCUUCCUGCAAUUCGCGACGGGCUGCAGCAGCCUGCCGCCCGGCGGGCUCGCCAACCUGCACCCGCGCCUCACCGUCGUGCGGAAGGUUGACGCCGGCGAUGGGUCUUACCCCUCAGUCAACACGUGCGUGCAUUACUUGAAGCUGCCUGAAUACUCCUGCAAGGAGGUGCUUCGCGAAAGGCUGCUGGCUGCGACCAACGAGCGUGGCUUCCAUCUUAACUAGAUACUAGCUGAUUUAAUCUAGCUACAUCAUUAUAAUCUAGCGUUGGUGAUAAUUCUUUAGUAUUCGCACGUAAAAAUGUUAUUUGACAUGAGGCUGCAUAAUGCCACUGUCAUACAUAGUGUUGAAAAAUUUUUUUUUUCGGAUAUAAUACUGCACGUUUUGAGCUAAUAUUUUGAAACUGCUAUUACAAAAGUGACAAAAAUAGACUGAGAUGUAUCGGUACAAUUGGUGACAGGUUGAUAAAAAUAUUUUGUCAUUUAACUAACUUUGAAAACUAUACUGGAAUAUAACCAUAGAUGUAGUAAGUAAAAAGACACUUAUGUGAAGAGCUUGCUGCGAUGAUUGUUAAGAUAUCAAUAUGUUUUAUGUAUGUAUUUGUAAUUCUGAAUCUGGAAAUCUAAUCUCUAUUCAGGAAGGUUGGUAAAGAGGCUUGUAUUAUUUUGGUUACAGAAAGUUCGCUUUCUAUUAGAUCUCUAUGAAGUGUGAUUAUUUCGUGUAAUAAUAUUUUUCAAAUUAUAAUGUUGUUUUGUCCAAUUUCAAAUUAUAUUGUAAAUUAAAUGAUACUAAAUUCAAUUUUUUAUCUCCGUUUCUGGCUUAGAAAUUAAAAAUCUUGCAGCUUUUCUGAAGCUCUUAACUGCGCUCUGACGCGUUAGCGUAAGUAGAAGAUAAGGAUUUAUUCUUCCAUAAAUAUCGUAUUUUUAAAUUCAAAAUCCAGAGACAAUAUUAAUAAAACUUGAGAUAAAAUUAUGAAUUGUUUUGUUAAAUAACUACUUAGUUUAAAUAUAUUUUAACUUAUCAAGGAAAAGCAAAGAUCAUCGUCUGAUAGACAUCAAUAACGGAAUGAAGUGAAUGCUUACAAAAAUAAAAUUACAUGAAGAUGUUAACAACUCUGAAGUUUUUUUUUACUAAUGUAUUAAGUUGUUUAUUCAUAAUUUUUGCACGUACCAGGGGAUAAGUUUGUGUAUCUUAGGUAUUUUAUAAUUAUAAUGUCUUUCUAUCUCUAUAUACCUUUAAUUAUUUCCUUUUUCUGCCUAGGUAUGCACGCGACUCAUUUCUUUGCCGGCUGAAAAAUGAUAUUUUUUAGUGAUCUUCUCGUGAGAAUUUAUUGCAAGUGGCCUAUUUCACCUUUUUUAUAACGGCAUUCAAGGCGUUAUCUUUUAACUAAAGUUAAUUAUUAAGUAGGCCUACUAAAUAAAAUAUAUUUUUUGUUAUACAGCCAUCAUCUUAAGACAAGGGAAGAAUCAAAUAUCCUUAAAUAAAUUCAUUUGGUAACGGAAUUUAAAAAAAAAUGUGAUCGUCGUAAAUAAAAUUCUACCAACUUAACUUCAGAGUGUGAAACACGCAUUGUGUGGAUGAUAUUUAGCUAUGUUCCUUUAGUUGAAUAAUUUCGUCAACUUAAAGUUGAUUGUGAUUUACUGUAUGAAAUA